AUGAACAUCACUCAGGAGACAGGAGGGUAUCCGGAUGGUGGACUAUCGUUAACAGACAACGAAAAAAGUCUGCUUUACUUUUUUCAAACUGACUUUGACAACGAUCUGCCAGACACUUCCUCAACGGAUGACAGGUGUCAUUCGACAACCAAAACAACAACAGGACUAGAUAUUUCCGAACAGUGUAUCUGCAACAUACAGAAAGAAUGUAACGAAAGCCAGGCAGUCAGGGCUAGCACCACCGAGGAAAUCGUGUCCAGAAUCGACAGUUCAAUGAUACAAAUACUACAUGAUCCUGUAAAGAUUUAUAAUAAAGAAUGUUCAUCUGAGAUUGGGGAUCUCCAUGCUCAGUAUGUUAGACAUGACGAUGACGAGGCUAAGAACAAUAUUCCCCAACCUACCCAUCCCACUGAAACCGAGCAUCGUAAUUUUCCGAGACAUACAAGCAAAAAAGACUUUUAUCGCAAAGUUUCUCUAGAUGUACUGGGUUCCAGGAUCCAAGACAAUGACGUCGCCGAAUCGCCGAAACUAAAAUCUGGAUUCAUAUUGACCAAUAUUCAUUCAACAAUAGAUGUUCUGCAACCAGAGAGAAUAAACAACAAGAGUGAAGAAAGCGCGGGAAGUGGAUUUCUAAUCAAACACCGUGUUACUAAUUAUAGAUCGACUCCGUGGCACCAGCUACUGAAUAGGUUACCAUUUGUCGUAUGGGCAGAUAAUGGUCCAACUUCUGUUAGAAAAAGAGGAUUUUUGCAUAAAAUUGGAAAAUAUUUGCGAAAGAAUUAAUCCCGGUUAAGAGGAGACAUACGUGUUUAUACUUUUUUUUUU